AUGGUGACAAUAACACUAAACGAGGGCUCGCAUCUUCUUCCAGCACUUGCGCAGGGCGCCCGGGCGUUACAACUGACGGAGAUCACCGUGCCGGACGUGGCGGACGUCCAGGAAACGGUGAGCCUGUCGUGCAGCUACGACAUGGGCACCCACAAGCUCAACUCGGUCAAGUGGUACAAGGACGAGCGGGAGUUCUUCAGGUACUCACCGCUGAUGCCGAAAAACCUGAUGUUGUUCGACGUGGACGGUGUGACGGUGCUGCAGAACUCGACCGCGCAGAUCUGCAACCACUACCAGUGCAGCAUCCAGCUGCACAAGCUGAACACGCGAUCGAGCGGUUCGUACCGGUGCGAGAUCUCGGGCGACGCGCCCGAGUUCAAGCUGGCGCACGGUGUCGGAAACAUGACCGUUGCCUGUAAGUACCAGUAG